AUGAAGAGUCUGAGUCUCACGAUUUCAGCACAAGGCUUACUCAGCUUUGUUUGGCAUCUAUUCCGCAUUUCGCUAUCGUUCUCGUUACUUUUUGCAGACAACUUCAUUCUGCUGGCCUCAACUGUGCUAGCCUGGUUUAGUUUUCGAAUUAGACGCCGGUUUGUUACUAGGAAUGUACACUUCUACCCAAAGACCAUCUUGGUCACAGGUAUCGGAACUCUUCAUGGUCUGGCCCUUGCACGAGCCUGGAAUGCAGAAGGCCACCGGGUAAUUGGCGCGGAUGUGGUCAAUCUGCAUCUCCCUAUACGUUCUGGUGGUAGCAUGUCCAAAGCUUUACUAGCUUACUACCGUGUUCAAAAGGACCACUACAUCUCCAGUCUUCUGGAUAUCGUUCAUCGUGAAAAGGUCGAUAUAUGGAUCCCAUGCUCAUCCAAGUCCACUGCAAUGGAAGAUGCAAUGGCUCGUCAGGUUAUCGAGAGUCGCACAAGCUGCCGCUGUAUAACCCUUGAUGUUGAGCUGACAGCUUGCUUUGCGCACCCGGAAUCGUUCCGACAGUAUCUGGUGGAGAAGGAUCUGCCUGUCCUUGAACACCACACGGUGCAGUCCCGCGAUUCCAUUCAUAAAAUCUUGCACCGAUCACCAAGCAAGUCCUAUCAGAUUCAGCGACUCAGUCCAGGCGUAAAUGCAAAGGCCCUCACUCUGCCAAAGCGUACACUCAGCAAGACAUAUUCGGAAGUCAGUGAGAUUCAAAUUAACAAGGAAUGCCCAUGGGUUUUGCAGCAGCAGCCUCGACUAGGGGAAUUCUUUGCUGACCUGCUGGUUGUGAGAGGCCAAGUUCAUGCCAUCAAAGUCCGACUGAUAGAAUCUCGAUCUCCUCACUGGGGAGCCUCACCCCUCGAUGAAGCUUUGGCGGUGGCUAUUCAUCGUUUGAUGGGUAACUUUGCUCAGAAAGGAGGCCUCCGUAUGACUGGUCAUCUUUCAGUUCAGCUUUUCAUCGAUGAAGAGUUCGGUGUCUCCUCCGUUCGCCAUACAAUUCUCAUAGCAGACUGUAUUCCUGGCGCCAAUGCAGUCAGAAAUCUACUCCGCGAUGCACGCUGCCCUGUUAAGGGUUAUAUCGCGAUACUGUCACCGGAGUCAAAUGAGCCAGCUUCCUGGGAUGUAACGGCGACUCUUUCACCUAUGUCUCGCACGCUAAAGUCUGUUGGUGAAAAUGCUGGAACCCAUCUGGUUGUCCGGUUCCACUCUUGGAGUCUCGCCAAUAGGACGAUCGCCGCAGUGAAAACAGAAUUGCAACCAUUCAUAUUUUGGAGAGAUCCUCGGUUUUCCUUUGAGGAUCCUCUUCCUUGGUGGUGGCAUGUGCAUGUGUACCAGCCCCUGCAGGACAUUUUGUUGCUGAUUAAGCAGACUCGGGAGGCAGGAUUAACUUGA